GAGGGGCAGUGUCCUUUCGUUUGGCUAGGGUGACGACGGGGCAUGGACCAGCUCACGAACGCCCUGGCGUUUGCCAACUGCUCCAUUACAACCACCAAGGCGCAUGAGCUCAUCUUGGACGUGGGGGCGCAGCGGCGGAAGGAACUCGAGCUUGUGGACACGCAGUACAGUAACGCGCUGCUCGGCGUGAGUUUCGUGACGGUGUUUGGCAUUUGUCUCUGCUCGCUGUAUGCGUUCUACCGCAGCCACAUGUUCCAUUUGCACGUGCGCGCGGAAAUAGCCCACCUCGCCACGACCGAGACCAAGUCGCUGCCAGCGUUCCACGGCACACUCAUGGAUCAUGCCAUGGACAAGUCGCCCACCGCGGGCCCGUGCACCAUUUCGUUUGCGUAUUUGUCGUAUUUCGUCCAAGAAACAUCAUUGAAAGGCGCACCAGAAAAGCAGAUUAUGCACGACGCGUCGGGGACCUUCAAGCCUGGCCGUCUCACCGCCAUCAUGGGUCCGUCUGGUUCGGGGAAAACCACUCUGCUAAACCUCGUGAGCGGUCGAGUGUUCACGGGCAGCUACUACGGCUACCGCUUACUCAAUCACGAACUGACGUCGCCGACAGACUACGACGUGUUCAUGUCAUCGCAGGGGUAUGUCGAGCAAACCGACACGUUUAUCGAGACCAUGACGGUGCGGGAAAGCUUGCUUUUUUCCGCGUACUUGCGCCUCCCCGACUCGAUGACCCUCCGUGAAAAGAUCGAACGCGUCCAGACCAUCCUCCGCGUCGUGCAACUCGACGACGCGGCCAACACGAUCAUCGGGGGGCUUCUCAGCGGCCUCAAAGGGCUCUCGGGGGGCCAAAAGCGGCGGCUGUCGAUUGCCACCGAGCUGCUGCGGCUGCCGUCCGUGCUAAUUCUGGACGAACCUACGAGUGGCCUGGACUCGACGUCUUCCCUUUUGCUUGUGCAAAUGCUGGCAUCGCUUGCCAACCAGCAAGGCCUGACGGUCGUGUCCACAAUCCAUCAGCCCCGCGCCGAGAUCUUCGACUUGUUUCAUGACGUGGUGCUCAUGGACAAGGGCGGGUUUUUGAUUUACUGCGGCCCGUCACAUGAUGCUAAGACACAUUUGGCGGCGAUGGGGUCGCUUACCAUUCGUCCGGAUACGUACAUCAACCCAGCGGACUUUAUCAUCGACGCCCUCGGGUUAGAUCCAGAGAAAGAAGCGACCAAACUGUCGGCGCUCCAAGUGGCCACCACAACCGACUCGUCGCCGUUCUUAAACCACUGGAAGGCCAGCAGUUACUUUGCCACUCUCAUGCAGUCCCUCGCGCACUACUCGGACGUGCCGGCGGAGCGCCGCGUGUACAAAGUGCCAAAGCAGUCGUGGAUUCACGUGCAAACGUGGACAUGUUUCGAACGCCGGUACAGCCGGCUCUACGGCAAGAAAAUCGACUUGUUGUACAAAAUUGGCCAGAUUGUGGCCGUGGCGAUAGUCAUUACGACUGCGUUUAGCUACACGCCACUAAGCCAACUCACGCAAGACCCUCGGUUUACCCCCAACGACAAGCAGAUCAUUCGGGAAUAUGGACUGUUGUAUCAAAACGUAAUGUUGCUCUUUACGAUCAGUGCAUACGGUCUCGUGACCGAGUAUCUGAAGAACGUCCCCGAGUACUUUAUCGAACGCCCCCUCCUCCUGCUCGAGCGCAAGUCGAACGCGUUGAGCUAUUACCCGUACGUGUACGCUGCGUUCCUCAUUGAGACGUUCGAAGGUGUCGUGAACUCGAUUGUGCUCAUGACGGUGGCGCUGGUGCUGCACAACUGGAACGGACUCACGCCACGAUCCAUCUUUUCGCUGUACUUGAUCUUCAUUUUGAGCACGCUGGCUUGGCAGAGCAUCGUGUGCUUUGCCUCGUCCGUAUCCCACCGCACCCCUGUCGUGUACAGUGUGCUCUUCAUGGUGCUCGGUGUUGGGUUCCUCUUCUCAGGCGUAUGUGUCGGCUACGACGACAUGGCGCCGAUCUGGUACUGGAGCUACUUUGGGAUGGCGCCGGCUCUCAUGGCGCGGUCGCUCAUCGUGGCCAGCACCAGCUCCGACCUGCAAGUGCAGAUGCUCGUGAGCAGUUCCAUGCUCAACAUGUCGCUGGAUGCCAUGUUCGGCGUGCUCGUGGCGUCGAUUGGGGGCUUUCGGCUGUUGGCGAUAGCCGUGUUUUAUUGGCGCGAAUAUCAUGCCAAGCAACUCAAGUUCAAGUCGGUGGAUUGGAUCGAAGCGCGGCUUCGUAGCUUUGCUUAAUUUCGCUGCGGUGUUCGAUUCUUGUAUACACUACUACUGUAGUAGUGUACAAGUACACUUGUUUUACAUACGUACAGUAGUAGUAGUAAAUUGAAUAACUCGACUUUUUAUGGUUCGUA